AUGGACGUUCACAAGCUGCACAAGUCGCUGGCGGCGGCGUUUUCCUCGUCCCAGUCGAAACCGGAAGAAGUGAGAUCACUGCUUACGAAGCUUAAGAUCGCGUUGACCGAACACAACCUGCUGGUGCCCUCGGCUGCGACCGCAUCCUCGUCCUCAUCCGACCUGGUGCUGGCACGGGAGGUGCUCGAGAUCGGCGCAUUCUACUCUGUCCGCAUCGGCGACAUUGCCGCGUUUGACCGCUACAUUUCGCUGCUCUCGCCGUUCUACGAUGCCUCACUGCCGGCAUCAGCGCACUACGAGCCGCUGCUCGGGCUGCGUCUGCUGCGCCUGCUCAGCUCGAACCAGAUCUCGGCAUUCCACACACUCAUCGAAACACUCCCCACAGACCUCGUCAACGGCAGCAAGUACCUGCAACACCCGGUGAGCCUGGAGCGCUGGCUGAUGGAGGGCAGCUACAGCAAGGUGUGGCGUUUGAGCAGACAGGCUCCGCCGCAGGACGAGUACCGCUUCUUUGUGGAUCUGUUGAUGGACAUGAUUCGCAACGAGAUUGCGAGCUGCGAGGAAAAGGCAUAUGACAGUCUGGCGUUGCAUGACGCCGCGACGCUGUUGUUCUUUGAGAAUCUCGACCAGGUGCUGAGCUUUGCUCAGAGCCGCGGCUGGCACGUCAACCCGAAAACCCAAGUGGUCUCCUUCACCUCGAUCAACGCCGCUUCCACCGUCACCGCGAUCCCCAAGAAAGCCACGAUCGCGACCAACCUCAUCUUUGCCAAAGAGCUCGAAUCCAUCGUCUAG